AUUGGCUUACAGGGAGUCGGGGACUGUCCAAUUGAGAGCAGCGUAGUUGAGAAGCCGGCAGGGAGACCCAUGCUUGCGUGAAAGCGGUGCUUCAACAUGUUGAGACGGGAAGCCAGGCUGAGGAGGGAGUAUCUCUACAGGAAAGCUAGAGAGGAUCAGGCGCACACCAUCGAGGACAAGAAGGAGAAACUCAAACGGGCGCUGGACGAGAAUCGUCUGAUCCCUACUGAGAUCCGUCAGGAAGCCCUGCAGCUCCAGACCCUCCUUGAGUAUGACGAUGAGGGAGGAGAAGGGGUCAGUUCUCAAAUGGACGAUGAAUACAAGUGGGCGGGUGUGGAGGACCCCAAAAUCAUGGUCACCACGUCCCGGGACCCCAGCUCCAGACUCAAGAUGUUUGCCAAGGAGGUGAAGCUAAUUUUCCCCAACUCCCAGCGCAUGAACAGGGGGAACCACGAAGUCAAGUCCCUGGUCGUGGCCUGCAAGGCCAACGAUGUGACGGACCUGGUUGUGGUUCACGAGCACAGAGGGCAGCCGGAUGGAAUGAUAGUGUGUCACCUUCCGUUCGGCCCCACUGCGUACUUCACUCUGUGCAACGUGGUGAUGCGUCACGACGUUCCGGAUAUCGGGACGAUGUCCGAGGCGUACCCACAUCUCAUCCUGAACAACUUCACCUCCCGUCUCGGAAGGAGGGUGUCGAGCAUUUUGAAAUACCUGUUUCCCGUCCCGAAGGAGGAUAGCAGGAGGGUGAUCACCUUCGCCAACCAGGAAGACUACAUCUCGUUCAGACAUCACACAUACAAGAAAACGGAUCACAAGAACAUUGCACUGACAGAAGUGGGGCCCAGGUUUGAGAUGAAAUUGUACAUGAUCAAGCUGGGCACUCUGGAGAAUGAAAGCACAGCAGAAGUGGAGUGGCGUCUGCAUCCCUACACUCACACUGCAAAGAAAAGAAAACACCUGAGUGUGGAGUGAGUGGGGAAACCCUCCGCCAGACCGAACCAACACCAGGACUUCUCACAGCGAUCCCCAAACAACGCGGGAAAUGACACACUGCAAAUAUUUGUCAAAGGAAACUUUUUUUUUUUUUUGGUUAAAUUUUAAAGCAACAGAUUUCACCAUAGAAGUGCAGUGGAACCUCUCGUCUUAUCUGUGUUCAGAUACAGGGAGGGUGUAUGCUUACCUGAUAUUGUGGGAGAAUGUUUGGGGUUAAAAUUCGUAAGAUACAGUAUUGCAUUUUGACAACUAUAUUCUGCUAUGCAGAGUAACGGUUGAAUUUGUGUUUUGGGUAUUUUUAUAAAGUAUUUGAGAGAUAUA